AGAAUGGCUCUGGAAAAUGUUUCCUUGGUCACUGAGUUCAUCUUGGUAGGAUUAACAAACCAGCCUGACCUACAGAUACCCCUGUUCCUACUCUUUCUGGUGAUGUACAUGAUAACUACAAUGGGGAAUUUGGCUUUGAUCAUCUUGAUUUUCCUGAAUUCUCACCUUCACACACCCAUGUACUUUUUCCUCCUUAACUUGUCCUGCAUAGACCUUUGUUAUUGCUCCGUUGGCACACCCAAGAUGCUGAUGAACUUUGUACUAAAGGAGAAUGUUAUUUCUUAUGAGGGAUGUAUGACUCAGUUCUACUUCUUUUGUUUUUUUGUUAUAUCUGAAUGUUAUGUGCUGACAGCAAUGGCCUAUGAUCGCUAUGUGGCCAUUUGUAAUCCACUUUUGUACAACAUUGUCAUGUCUCCUAAGGUGUGUUCUUAUCUUAUGAUUGCUUCAUAUUUGGUGGGGUUUUCUGAUGGCAUGAUUCAUACUGGAUGUGUCCUGAGACUGACCUUCUGUGAUGAAAACACUAUCAACCAUUAUUUCUGUGACCUCCUCCCUUUGCUGCAGCUCUCCUGUACCAGCACCUAUGUCAAUGAGAUAGAGGUGUUAAUUGUAGCAGGAAAAAACAUCAUUGUACCCACCCUUAUCAUCUUUACCUCUUAUGGCUUCAUUCUCUCAAGCAUCCUCAAAAUAAACUCCACAGCAGGCAGAUCCAAAGCCUUCAGCACAUGUAGUUCCCACAUAAUAGCUGUUUCUCUGUUCUUUGGAUCAUGUGCAUAUAUGUAUCUAAAACCUUCCUCAUCUGGGUCUUUGGACCAGGGGAAAAUAUCUUCUGUGUUUUAUAACAUUGUGGUCCCCAUGAUGAAUCCAUUAAUCUAUAGCCUAAGGAACAAAGAUGUUAAAACUGCUCUGAAAAAAACCUUAACCAAGAGAAAGUUUUAA